AUGGUUAAGAAGUUUUUGAAACAAUAUUUCCUCGCUCAACUGACAAAACGACUAAGGAGGGAGAUUCAAAACUUCACUCAAAAGGAUGGAGAUACACUAUAUGAGGCAUGGGAGGAAUUUCAGGAGUUGCAGAGGAAGUGUCCCCAUCAUAACUUCAGUCUUAAUGACCUUGUCCAAUUUUUCUAUGAUGGAUUGGACAUAGCUAAUAGGGGCAGCGUUGAUUCUGCGUGUGGAGGGACUUUCAUGAAUAAAACCGGUCAAGAACCAUAUAAUCUGAUUGAUGAUUUGGCCGACAACAAUAGACAAUUCUACACAAGGGAUAAACGUACAAGAGGACGAGGAGUGUAUGAAGUCGAUUCAAGGAACCAAAUGGUGGCUGUGGAAAGAAAGAUUGACAUGUUAAUGAAUGCCUUAGCCAAUGGCAUUAAGGCAACACCUCAGGUAUGCUCUAUUUGUUCCUAUUCUGAUCAUACUACUGAUAGAUGUCCUAUGUCUGCUAUGUCUGAGGAACAGGUGAAUUACAUGGGGCAACAAAGGCCCAAAUAUGACCCUUACUCGAACACGUACAAUCCGGGAUGGAAGGAUCACCCAAACUUCCGUUGGGGCGGUAAUGACAAUGUGGUUCGACCUACUCAAGGCGUCUACCAUGGACCACCUGGAUUCCAACAAGGGGCUGGGCAGCAAGUCUAUCAACAAACUCCUCCUCAACAAUCCUCAAGCAAGUCCUUAGAAGAACUAGUGAAGGAGAUGACUCUGAACACCGCAUCUUUCCAAAAGGACACCGCAUCUUUCAUCCAAAGGACUGAGAUUCAGUUUCAAAAGCAAGAUGCCUUAGCUCAGCAACAUGGACAAGCUAUCAAGAACUUGGAAAGGCAAGUUGGGCAACUUGCAACGGUGAUGCAAACUAGACCUCCUGGCACCCUCCCUAGCACAACCAUUCAAAAUCCUAAGGAUGGGAGCAUAGCUGAGCUCAAUUCAAUCACUUUAAGGAGUGGUAGACAAUUGGAAGAAGUCUCUGGGCACCAAAGAACAUCCAAGAAAGAUCAAGAAGAGAAGGAGGAGCAAAGAAAUACGAAGGAGGAAAAGAAAAUCAUCGCUGGUGAAAAAACGAUCGAUCUCACGGGGGCUGAUCAGAAUGUUCAUGUUUUUUCCCCUCCAAAGGUAAAAGAUCCUACUUCUCCUAAGUUGGUUACUUCAUGUAUUCCUUUUCCUCGCAGGUUCAUGAGCUCUAAGAAAGAUCAAGAAGAGAAGGAUGUCUUGGAAACUUUCCGUAAAGUCCAAGUGAACAUCCCUCUUCUGGAUGCCAUCAAGCAAGUACCUCAGUAUGCCAAAUUCCUUAAGGAGCUAUGCACCAAAAAGAAAAAGUUCAAUGGAAAUGAGAUAGUGGCCCUUAGUGAAGAAGUCUCAGCUGUUCUUCAAAGAAAGCUUCCACCUAAACUUAAGGAUCCCGGACGCUUCACGAUUCCAUGCACCAUAGGUGCACAGAGGUUUGAUCAUGCUUUAUUGGAUUUAGGAGCUUCGAUUAAUUUAAUGCCAUAUUCUGUGUUUUCAACUCUUAAACUAGGUGAGCUAAAGGAGACAAAGGUGAUUAUUGAGCUAGCUGAUCGCUCAAUAGUCUAUCAUAGGGGAGUAAUUGAAGAUGUACUAGUACGUGUGGAUGGAUUAAUUUUGCCUGCAGACUUCUUUGUUCUUGAGAUGGAGGAAGCGCCUAUGCCUACAUCAUUACCAUUAAUUUUGGGGCGCCCAUUCAUGGCCACAGCUCACACCAACAUUGAUGUGUUCAGAGGCACUUUGAGUAUGGAGGUUUUUGGGGAGACAGUGACGUUCAAGGUGUUUGAACCCUUGAAGCCUCAAAUUAAUGAGCAAGAUGUUUUAGGUGAUGGUGGGAAAAUAAGAUAA